AUGCUGUGCCACGCCGCUUUUUUUUUCCAACUGCUGCGAUAUUUUGCUACCGAUGAGCUCGAACGCGAAAAACUUGAUGAAUUUGUAUCGAUAGAAGGAGCGGACGAGAUGUAUGAUUAUUGUCAACGCGUGAGACGUACGACCUGGGAGGUCUUGUCCGAGUUUCGGUCCGCAAGGAUACCGGGAGAGUAUGUCUUUGACUUGUUCCCUCCGCUGAGACCGAGAGAGUUCUCAAUUGCUAGUUCCAUCGAGUUCCAUCCCCGUGAAAUCCUGUGUUGCUAUAGGCUUCAAUUAGGAGAUACCCUUCGUAUCGGUCUCAGAAAGGGCUUUAUUUCACUUCCUACGAAUUCAAACACACCAGUGGUGUGUGUGGGUCCAGGGACAGGCAUCGCACCUAUGCGUGCCGUCAUCGAACAACGCAUACACAAGGGACACACUAAUACUACCUUAUACUUCGGUUGCCGUUCUGCACACAAGGAUCAGCAUUAUCACACGGAAUGGGAAUCUCAUGCGGAAGAACGAAAACUCCGCUACCGCGUUGCGUGUUCUCGUGAUGGACCAGAGGGCGUCAAACGGAUUUCUUCGAACAAAAUGCCCACUGCCGUCCGUGAAGCUGUGCGAGGUGCAGUAGAGAGGUUUGGAGGAAAGUCGAAUGCCGAGGCUGUGGAGUAUGUUGCUGCGAUGGAGAGGGAGGGAAGGUUGAUUGAGGAAUGUUGGAGCUGAGAACAUUCGAAACUAGUAAGCAUCAGAUCGUGAAGAAGACAUACACUUUGAUAAGCAAUUUCCGUUGGUCGCAUCAAACUUCAGGCUUAACACUAGGCCUGUGAUCAUUGUUCAAGUUGUUCUUCGAACAAAUGCCCAUGUACAGCCUUGACAAUC